AUGGGGGACUGCGGGACAGUUGCCAACCUUUCCGAGACCAAUUCAGCCUCACCGCCAGCAUCCGAACCGAUAUCAGUUCUCGUGACCGGUUUCGGGCCCUUCAAAAGCAAUGCCGUCAACGCAUCGCACUUGAUUGCAGCAUCUCUUCCCUCGUCCAUCACUCUCCCCACGAAGGGACCGUCUGCUACGCCCCGAGAGAUCCUCAUCCAUGCGCACCCUUCCCCCAUCCCGGUGGCAUAUGCAAGCGUGCGGACCGAACUGCCCGCGAUCCUCGAGGACUUUGCGCAGAAACACAAUGGAAGGCGACCCGAUCUUAUCGUGCAUAUCGGCAUAGCAUCGACGAGGGGGUAUUACUCGGUGGAAACGCAGGCACACCGCGACAAUUACCAGAUUACAGAUAUCCAUGGAAAUAUUGGAUUUGAAGACGGGGAGAAGCUAUGGAAAGAGAAGGGCCUGCCCGCCGUACUGAAACCCGGGCCUGCCAAGACUUCUGAUGAGGCCGACAACAACGUCGCUUCGCCGGCUCUUUCUCCUCGGAUUGUACCUUAUCCCGCGGAGGAUCACUUCCUGGAAACGUGGAAGUCCUUUGCGCCGCCAGGGACCGAUAUUCGAAUCUCCGAAGAUGCCGGUCGCUAUCUCUGCGAAUUCAUUUUCUACACGAGUCUGUCGCAAGCGCUCCAAGAGGGACGAGACCGGGCCUCGGUCUUCUUCCAUGUCCCCAGCUGGACUGACGAGCAAAGUCUCGAGACGGGCAGACAAGUCGCCAUUGCGCUGAUCAAAGCCAUGGUGACGUGUUGGAUCGACGAGGCACCGCAAUCGCAACAGCCCACGUGA